ACCAUAGCAACAGCAUCCGCGCAUCUUCCCUCCCCUUAGAUACACAUCCUCAAGCUACAGUCGCGAUAGGUUGCGGGCUCCGCGGAUGUCAGUCCCGGCUGCCGAAUCGCAGCAGCAGCAACAUGCCGACGGAAAUCCAGCCCACGGAGUCUACGCAGGGUGUUUCAUCGCACGCUAGGUGCGGAGCCGUGGGCGAGGUUUACGGCGGACGGAAGCAGCCAUUGGGUUCCGUGAACAUCUGUCAUGCGGCGCAGGAGCCAUCUUUCGCCUUGGUACGGAAGCCGAGAAGAGGCAGGCUGGUUACGCGGCGGUGGGUCUCCACCCGAGAGUAUGGCGGCUGGGAGUACAUUGGUGUGAGAGUAGGGAACGGGGAUAUGAAAAGGAGGAUGAAAAAGAAACACAGAAAUAGGACUUUUAAUACUUCUUAAAAAACGUUUGUAGCUAGUCUUAUUUAAAAUAAAAGUCCCCCCCCUUUUUUAAAAGAAUCCGCUUGGGCUUCUCCCGGUUUUUCCAUAGGAGCGUCUGACACUGGAGCAAGUUUUGCUUUUUAUCAUGUUUUAGAAUGGUGACUCCAUUAAACGAAGCAUCACCAGCUGGAAAUUACGGACGUUUCCCUUUGCUUUCGGCGCGUCUCUGGAAGCCGCAGUCGCCUGGCGUGCAGUUACUGAUCGGUGUCCGCAAUGAAGUCCGUCUCUGGGCUGCGACUCUUUGUGUUCUGUCUGUUUAUCUCCUGUAGCUAAACAGAGGCGGCCAGUCAGCCCGUCUUUUAAAAUCAUUAUCCGGGGAAAUGAAACGCUAGUCGCAGCUAACAGUGUUUUUAUGCAUUACUGUAUUUCCCCCCGUUUCGAUGUCCAUAGGAGAGUGUUAGUAUUUGCGCUCGUAUUGCAAUCGCCGAUAUACAUUUAGGGAGCAAUGCGUGAGUACAAAGUGGUGGUCCUCGGCAGCGGCGGGGUCGGCAAGUCCGCCCUCACCGUGCAGUUUGUCACCGGCACCUUCAUAGAGAAGUACGACCCGACCAUCGAGGACUUCUACCGCAAGGAGAUCGAGGUGGACUCGUCGCCCUCGGUGCUGGAGAUCCUGGACACGGCCGGCACGGAGCAGUUCGCCUCCAUGCGAGACCUGUAUAUCAAGAACGGCCAGGGCUUCAUACUGGUCUACAGCCUGGUGAACCAGCAAAGCUUCCAGGACAUCAAGCCCAUGAGGGAUCAGAUCAUCAGGGUGAAAAGGUAUGAGAAGGUGCCGGUGAUCCUGGUGGGGAACAAGGUGGACCUGGAGAGCGAGCGGGAGGUUUCCUCGGGGGAGGGCCAGGCGCUGGCUGAGGAGUGGGGCUGCCCCUUCAUGGAGACGUCAGCCAAGAGCAAGACCAUGGUGGACGAACUGUUUGCUGAGAUCGUGCGACAGAUGGACUACGCCGCCCAGCCGGACAAGGACGACCCCUGCUGCUCCUCUUGUAGUAUACAGUAGCAGCCGGACUCGUGGCGCUUGGGACACCAACAUAGAGAGACCCCACCUCGAGCAGGUCAAACAAAAAGACGAAAAACCACACACACCAACACACCGGACAGAUACCAGAGCGACCGGACACAUAUUUACAGGAGAACAGGAAGCAAAUGGUCAAUCAAGAUGUCCGUGAACUUUUUUGACACGUAUAGCCAGUCGUAAACUGUGAUUUGAUAUGGAUGACGUUCGUAAACAGCUGGGGGGGAGUAUGUGAAUAAGGGCGGAGCUGGGAUGGAGAGCAGAGGUGAAGGGCAGCUUGGAUUGCAGGGAAACCAUCCACCUCAAACCCAAAUGGGACAGCUGUUUUGUGGCCCUCAUCCGUUGGUUCAGCCCUUGUCGCUGGCUUAUCUUUUUCUUGCCCGUGUUUAUGAUGAGCCGGAUUCUGACGUCACCUCCAGCGGGACCCAGACGCUCAGCCGAUCUGCUUCCCUUAAAACUUUGAUGAGUAAUUGAUUUUUGUGCCUGGUUUCCCUGCAAGACGGUGGCCGAAUCUCGAUUCAUGGGUUUUUAUUUCUUGUUUGGUUUUCUGUGCACCGUUUACCGAUUGAGCCACAGAGGGUAGCAGAGAGACCACUCUGUUUCUCCUCCCGUUGUAGUGUUUUGAUGUUUAGGGAUGACAGAGAGGGCCUUUUCUCUCGUAUUAAAGUUCGACGUUGCCGUUCCUGGUGCCUCAUCUUAACCGGGAGGUUAGCAAGGCCGCCGUGCGCCCGUCGUGAUGUGGGCAUCUUCACCAGGUAUGGUAAGGUUCCCAUCUUCCUCCCGGCAUUGUACGGAAGGUUCCAGAACUCCUGCCAUAAUACACUCAUCUCCGUUUGUUUUUGACACACGUCAGGGGGGUGGGGCAGGUCUUCUAUGAAGUGUUGUCCACACGAGCCACAUGGAUCAUUAUGUAUUCUGACUUAAUCAAAUCAAUAGUAAUAAUAGUUUAUGAUAAUGAUAUUAACAGUAAUGAGAUUAAGCCUAGCUGCACAUACAUGUAAAUGACGUGAUACAGCUCUCCAGAGGACAGGCACGUCACGCCAGAGGAACCUGUCAGCCAUUUGCAUGUCUAGUUAAAAGAACAAAUGGACGUUUUUUUUCAGUCAGUCAUCGCGUGUGAGCGGAGCGCUAUCAUCCUGAAUGUGACCUCAGGACUCGGACACCGUUUGAACUGUACAUCCAUGUUGCUGUGGGCGGGGGGAUGGCUGUAGGGGAGGGGGGCCUUGUUACCAUUUUCAUUGUUGAUUUUAUAUUUUUUUAUGUGACAUUAACUCUCUUACUUCCCUUUUUCCUAAAUGAAUGGUGACACUGUUUUUUGUUUGGCACCUGAACAAUAAAGAUGUCUUAAAAAAAAUAAAAUAAAAU